AUAAUGAAUGAUAAAAUAAACCUUUUUUUCAGACAAUGUUCUUCACACUAUUAUUAGGGCUGUUCGUUUUCGGCCAAGUCACUAGCGACCACCACAGUCGCACCCACCAACUGCUUGAUAGAUCCACUAUCGUCCACUUGUUCGAGUGGAAAUGGAAGGACAUAGCUGAUGAGUGUGAAAGGUUCCUCGCUCCAAUGGGAUAUGGAGGUGUUCAGAUCUCACCUCCAUCAGAAAACCUGAUAAUCCACAAGGACGGGCAGCGGCCCUGGUACGAGCGGUACCAGGUGAUGUCCUACAAGCUGAAGACCAGGUCAGGUGAUGAAGAACAGUUCCUGGAUAUGACACGAAGGUGCAACGCUGUUGGCGUGCGGAUAUACGCAGACGUGGUAGUGAACCACAUGACGGGAGAUAACCCAGAGCACGUGGGUACAGCUGGCAGUGAAGCGGAUUUCUCUGAGCAUUCGUACCCGGGGGUCCCGUACACAAGGGAACACUUCCAUCACCCUUACUGCGGCAUUGGGAACUAUAAUAAUGCUACAGAGGUGAGGAGUUGCAAUUUAGUUGGCUUGAAAGAUCUAGACCAUAAGCAUAAAUAUGUACAAAAUAAAAUAGUUGAGUUCUUAAAUCGCCUUGUCUCCUUAGGGGUGGCGGGAUUCAGAGUAGACGCAGCAAAACACAUGUGGCCACAGGACUUAAGUGAAAUUUAUAAGAGGCUACAAAACUUGAACACAGAAUUUGGAUUCCCACCCGGCGCUCAGCCUUAUAUUUACCAAGAAGUGAUCUACUAUGGUAACGAACCUAUAAAACCUGAUGAAUAUACUAAAUUGGGCGACGUUACGGAGUUUAGGGUCGGCACCGAGCUCACGAGAGUAUUUCGUGGCCAGAACGCGCUGAAAUGGCUGGUGAACUGGGGAGAAGGCUGGGGGCUAUCUCCAAGUGAGACUGCCCUGACCUUCGUGGACAACCACGACACUCAGAGGGAUUCUGAUGUGCUGACGUUCAGGGAGCAUAGGGCUUAUAAGGGAGCCAUAGCUUUCAUGCUAGCCCAUCCUUACGGCGAGCCUCGAGUCAUGAGCAGCUAUUACUUCAGCAACAAAGAGCAAGGCCCACCCAGCGACAACCAAGAAAACAUCAUAUCACCGAUAAUUAAUUAUGACAACACAUGCGCGGGCAACGGCUGGCUAUGCGAGCAUCGCUGGCGACAGAUCUACCAGAUGGUGGCGUUCAGGAAUCAAGUCCGCGGCACUGGAGUGGAAAACUGGUGGGAUAACGGUCACAACCAGAUCGCCUUCAGUCGAGGCGACAAAGGGUUCAUAGCUUUCAACCUUGACGAUAAGGAUUUGAAUCAGACGUUACAGACUGGUCUGCCUGCUGGACGAUACUGUGACAUCAUAACAGGCACGCGUAAAGGUGACAAAUGCACAGGAUCUACAGUUACUGUGCAAGAGGAUGGGAAAGCUGACAUAUUGAUACCUGAUAAUAGCGAAGACAUGCAUCUGGCCAUACAUGUUGGACCUCAGUCUGCAUUAUCUCUGCCGGCACCAGAAGGAAAAUGACCUGAAAUUAAUUCAAAUUUUAUCUUAGAAUUAAUCGUGAAUUCCGCUAAUGUGAAAACAAUAACAUGAGUUCACUUAUUAGACUAUCUGAGAUAACAUGAAUAACAAUUAGUAUUUUUAAGUACAUAAUUGCAUACCUAGAUACCAUUGUAUGUAUGUAUACGAUAAGUAUAAUCCUAACAUCACUUACCAAAAUUUUGCAAAUAAAUAUCAAUUCAAAUAGUCUUUAACUUAAAAUUAAAUUUUAUUAUAUUAGGGCCCUACCAUGUAACUUUUUGCAAAAUAAUACCUGUGUUAUUAUUGUACCGUUCGGGCAGCCUGAAAACAUCUGACAGUCGGGUUGCCUUCUUAUGUACCCUCUCAGCAUGGUGGACUUGGCCUAAAACCCUUCAUUCAUUGAAAGGAGACCUGUGCCCCAGCAGUGUGAAUGA